GCCACAAUGAGCACGUUCUUAGAUUAUUCAGUGAUGAGUGCUGGGGACGGAGGUGGCGGGGGCGCGUGCUCUGUCAGAGCGUUCCAUGCCGAUCACGGAAUUACAACUUUCCAGUCUUGCUCCGUCACGGUGAACAACUGUGCUGGGAAUGAGCGCUUCUUGUCCGGUAGAGCAUCACCGGACGCUGUUUCAAACCAUCCAAAUCAAGCCGGGUCGUACCAAUCCUCCGGGACACUGUCCAUCGCCUACGGUGCCCACCCAACUUACGGGACUCAAAGUUUUUGCGCAGGUUACAAUCACUAUGCCCUGAACCAAGAUGCUGAUUCGACUACGGGCUUCCCUCAGUGCGGCCCGCUAGUUUACUCUGGAAACAUCGUGCAGCACCACCACCAUCAUCAUCACCAUCGCCAUGGUUACAGCGGUAGCAACGCGCACUUACACGGGCAACUUCAGUACCCAGCAGCUACGUAUGCUCAUGGUCAGGACCAGGGAAAUCUGCCGUUUGUGGCGGGCUGCUCAAAUCACCUUUCUCCUUUGCACGCCCACCACGACGCGUGUUGUUCGCCUCUCUCAGAUGGCGUGUCCACGGCGCAGACGUUUGACUGGAUGAAAGUUAAGAGGAAUCCGCCCAAAACAGGUAAAGUAGGGGAGUACGGUUAUGGUGGGCAGCCUAACACCGUCCGCACCAAUUUUACCACGAAGCAGCUGACAGAGCUGGAGAAAGAGUUUCACUUUAACAAGUACUUGACGCGCGCCAGGCGCGUGGAGAUAGCUGCUGCGCUCCAGCUGAACGAGACUCAGGUGAAAAUCUGGUUUCAGAACCGUCGCAUGAAGCAGAAGAAGCGUGAAAAAGAAGGUCUGCUGCCCAAAAGCGCGUCUGAACCUGGGGACGGUCCGGAAAAGGCUGAAGAUGCAUCCGAAAAGUCUAUCUCUGCACCAUCAACCCCAUCUCCCGCCUCUUCCUCGGCUGACCACUACUCCUCCAGCUAAAUGGCCUUGUCAUUGUGUUUUGCUUGUGGGGCGAUAAGUACACUACCGUGACUCUGGCCACAAACUAUGUAGCAGUUGACAGUGGGUGAACGUAGCUGGACAUGCUCACUGGUCACGACAAUGCACUAGUUUUGAGUUUCGACUAUUCGGCGUGUUGUGUUUCUGUAAA